AACAAUUGAAUUGUACGAUAAAGCCAUUAAAAGUUGGAAAUAUGAUAUUAUGAUCCAAUCAUCCAAAAAGUUAAAGAGUCAUGGAAGAAUUUGGAUUAGAGGCUAAUGGUUCUCUCUAAUUAAUUAAUUAAUUGAGUAGGGUUUUUUUCCCCCUCUCCUUGCAAUAAUAAUACAAGGGAAACAAUUGUCAUUAGAGCAAUAAAUGGUGGCCAGUUAGUCGGUCACAUAAAAAGCCAUACAUUCCUCAAACUUUCCACACUCAAGUGGAAGUCCAGGCACAAAAUCCUGCAAUGGAAGAGAAUGGCAGCACUCUCCACCCCCACGUCUCCCCAACUCACAGAUAUCACAAGCUCCAUCCUCUCGCAAACCGUCCACCACCGCAGCCGCCUCUCGUCCCUCCUCUGCUCUUCCUCUCUUUUCUCCCUCACCUUACACCAUCUCCAUUCCCUCUCCCUCAUUCAGAAGACCUUACUCAUUUCCAAACACCUCCUCUCAUCCCUUCACUACCUCACUUGUCACUUCCACCCAACAACCCUUAUUCCACCACACCCCAACACCACCGUCAAACACCGUGACCUCGACGCUGCAUUGCUUCUUAUUUUCCUUUGUGAUGUACACCAAGAAAACCCCGAAAUACUUAAAGCACCAAUCCCUGAAUGGCGUGAGGGUUUGAGUAAACAUUACUCUGAAACUGUGCUAAGGCAAACAAGCAUUGUGGUGCAUUAUGGUGGUGUCCUUUUACCGUAUGUUGAGAUGAUAAUAAGGUGUUGACGGUUCGUUGGUAUGAUGGCUGGUUGUACAGUGAGGGAUGGGAGGGAGCUGGCAGCAGCUCCUGCAGCAGUGGUGGCGCUUCCGUCAGUAGAGGUGAGAGGAGGUGGUGGGGAGUGUGUGAUAUGUAGGGAAGAGAUGAGUGAAGGUAGAGAUGUGUGUGAAUUGCCAUGUGAACACUUGUUUCAUUGGAUGUGCAUUUUGCCAUGGCUAAAGAAGACGAACACAUGCCCAAGUUGCAGGUUCCAGCUUCCAACUGAAGAUGUGUUCGGAGAGAUCGAACGGCUGUGGAGUGUUAUGAUCAAGAUUGGAAAUGGGGCCCUCAGUGAGGAAUAUUGCACAUGAUCGAUGUUGAUAAUGGCAUGUAUUGUAGACGUGGAAGAAUCGCAAGGACUUAUUGGCCUCUAGUGAAUUUGGACACUUGUGCAUGAACAGGCCGUAGAGGAUCACUUGUUGAUGAUAAGACCCCUGUGGUUUAGGUUUGGAGCAUGUUUGUAGAACUGUCGAUU